AUGGCUAAGGAAGAAGCAAAAGCAAUUAGCUUGAAGGCCUUGGUGGAUAAAGAGAACAAUAGAGUUAUAUUUGCGGAAACAGACGAGGAUUUUACUGAUGUUCUCUUUAGUUUCUUGACAAUGCCCAUGGGAACAAUCAUCAGGCUUCUUUCUAAUAAUAAUCAACCACCACCUGUGGGAAUAGGUUGCAUGAACAAUUUGUAUGAAAGCAUUAAGAAUCUUGACAUGCUGUGUUUCCGGAAUGAAGCAUGCAAGACCAUGUUGCUAUGGCCCAAAAACGGCGCUGCACCUCAGAACAAGAGACUAAAAUUGCAAAUUGACGAUAGCGAGCUGCAGAGGUACUUCUUGUGCAAUGAGGAUUGCACCCUUAAUACGCACAAGUUACUGAGUCUCUACCCUAAUGCUGUUUGCGAAUGUGGAGGGCUCAUGGAUAGGACGAUCGAGUUGUCAGAGAAUGAUAAUAUACAAAAGUUAGUUUCUGAUGCUCGAGAUAGAGGAGUGUUUGUUCAAGGACUGGCCCAAUUUAUAAUAAGUGAUGAAUUACAAGUAAAGCCCUCAUCAGUAGAUGCAAGCCUUUCUGUAUUAUCCAAGCUAGGUUACAUGGACUUUAGCACCAUUGAGGAGCACAACAUCGAUAUAGGAGUAGAUGAGGUUCUCGCUUUGCUCAAGUGCUCACUAGUGUCAAAGACACCGUUGACAGAAACUCUGUUGAAACAAAUUUCAGCACCAAAGUUCGGCGAAGAAGAUUUUGAUCAGAACAUCUAUGUUGAAUAUAAAUUACAAGAACCCGAAUCAAAUGUGGCUGAGAAUAUUAAUGACAAAUUAGAUUUUGAUCAGAACAUGUAUGUUGAAUCUAAAAUAGAAGAAUCAGAAUCAAAUGUGGAUGGGAGGAUUCAUGUAAAGCUUAUCAUCAGCAAAUCCAAGAAUAUGUCCAAAGCUCGCCCCUGA